AUGUUGAGGAAAAGUUAUAUUCAUUAGCUCUUAACUAUUGCAUAAACAAGACUGAAACACAGCACCUUAAGAUUUAUUAUGCAACUAUGUUAAAUCAACCUAUUAAUCGAUUAAAUUCACUUACAAAGUCUGUGCAAAAAUAUAGAAAACUUCAAACAAAGCAAGACAUAAUAAUAAAUUUAAGACUAUCAAAUUGUAAAUGUGAUGCUAAGCUUUUAGUUGAUCGUAAUGCGCAUUAUAAAAAUGCACCUGUUAUUUUAGAAAUGCAAGAAUUCUUUGGUGAGCUUUCUAAACAUGGACCAUUAAAGUUUUGGGAUUUUGGCUCAUUCGAGAUAAUUAAUGUUAGUGCAAUAGACAGAAAUGUUGGUUUUCUAAAAAUGUAUAAUAAUGAAAUAUAUAUUAUUGACAAAGAAAAUCAAGUCAAGUUCAUUAUUAAAAAAUAA